CCCUUUGGGCCUUUUCUCUCUUUCUUUGACUCUCAUUUAAGUUCUCACCCCUUUUUCUCAUGCUCUCAAGCCAGUAACUAAAGGUCCCUCUUCAUUUUUAGUCAGGGUUUAAGAACUAUUCUGGAAGAAGUAGAAUGUCUUCUUCAUGUGCAGUCUCACCUUCAGUGAGGACAGAGUUUUUAAACCCAAUCUCUAACAGGUUUUUUGCUCCUUCAAGAAACUAUCAUCGGCCAAGAAGCAAAUGUGAGAUGAACAGGAGGGGUUUUGCUUUAAAGGGGAUUGUUGCUUCUGGUGUCUCAGUCGUAGGCUCUUCCUUGACUACUGAACCUGUUCAAGGGUUGGAGAGAUUACCAUUCAAGCCAGAGGGUUACAAUUUCUGGACCUGGCGUGGUCGUAAAAUACAUUAUGUAGUACAAGGAGAAGGGCUCCCAAUUGUUCUUAUUCACGGGUUUGGUGCUUCUGCCUUCCAUUGGAGGUAUAACAUACCUGAAUUGGCUAAAAAUUACAAAGUUUAUGCUGUGGACUUGCUAGGAUUUGGGUGGAGUGAGAAAGCAAUUAUCGAGUAUGAUGCAAUGAUAUGGAGAGAUCAAGUGGUCGAUUUUUUGAAGGAGAUAGUAAAAGAGCCAGCAGUUUUAGUUGGAAACAGUCUUGGAGGGUUUACUGCUUUGGUUUCAGCAGUGGGGUUGCCUGAACAAGUUGUUGGACUGGCAUUACUGAACUCUGCUGGACAGUUUGGAGACACAAAGGCUAAAACCACCAAACCAGAGGAAACAGUCUUACAGAAAUUUAUUCUAAAGCCAUUGAAGCAAAUUUUCCAACGUCUAAUUCUUGGGGUUUUGUUCUGGCAAGCAAAGCAAUCUGCUCGUAUUGAAUCUGUCCUAAAAACUGUGUAUAUCAAUACCUCUAAUGUAGACGAUUAUCUUGUGGAAACCAUAAAAUUUCCAGCCAAUGAUCCCAAUGCUGGAGAAGUGUAUUAUAGGUUAAUGACACGGUUCAUGUUGAAUCAAACUGAGUACACUCUAGACAGUUUCUUGAGCAAGCUAACUUGCCCGCUGCUGUUGCUUUGGGGUGACUUAGACCCUUGGGUGGGUCCUGCCAAGGCUACCCGAAUCAAAGAAUUCUACCCAAACACAACUCUUGUAAACCUACAGGCAGGGCACUGUCCACACGAUGAAGUUCCAGAACUUGUUAAUAAGGCUUUGGAGGACUGGUUGUCAACUCUAGCAGCAAAAUCUUCUCUCUAAACAGUGUGAAUAUGUCCAGUUCUAUGGCAUCAUCACUCACCCUGACUGUAGAUUUACAUGUAAGAUAACACGAAAUCCAUUGAUUGAAGUUAAUUCUUGAAGCACUACAUAUUUUUCAUAUAUAUGCAAGAUAGAUUGAUCAUCCGUUAUCAGAGGUUUCUUGGAAACAAAGCAAUUCAGCAGUAUGAUAAGUUUUUCA